GAGUCUUUGUCUAAUACCGAAAGAUUUGAUGUCCAGCAGGAGAGAAGGAUGACGGGAAAUCUAACAUACGGGACAGUGAUUCCAGCACGGUCUAGAAUAGAAUGUACUGUGAAAUGUUUGGAGAACGCUGAUUGCUGUAUGUCAAGCUACAACAGAGACACCAAUGCAUGUACUAUUGAUCUAUCGGGGUGUUGUGACGUCAAAACAGGACAAGCAGACGACACCUAUGUCAUGAUCAAACUGUCAGGCGAAAGACCAAAGGACUGUAGUGACAUUUCUGUUCAAUGUAACGCCUGUACCAGCAGCGUUUAUACUAUUUAUCCAGUUGGCUCAUGUGGUGUAGAUGUUUUCUGUAUGAUGGAGACUUACGGAUACUCAUGGACAAUAGGAAAAAAUGUGCAAAGUUACAAUAAGGUUCUCAGUUCAGUGACAGUACUCAAACAUGAACAAAGAUUUAGGAAUGAAAUGUUGAACCAAAGUGAAACAUAG